AUGGCACUGAUAAACUCAGAGCAGCUGGGCUGGAUAAAGCUCCCUUCACCACAAAAUGUAUCUAACUGCUCCCAAAUUCCUGCAGCUUGUAGAAGUCCAGCAUGCGGCUGUGUGGUUUGUGCUUUCCAGAAGCACCAUCCCUCCAUUCCCCCUGUGAGCUGGAGCCCUGCCAUUCCCUGUCCAGGUUUCCCAGCCCUGCCAUUCCCUGUCCAGGUUCCAAACUCUGCAAUUCCCUGUCCAGGUUCCAAAUUCUGCAAUUCCUUGUCCAGGUUCCAAAUUCUGCAAUUCCCUGUCCAGGUUUCCCAGCCCUGCUAUUCCCUGUCCAGGUUCCAAACUCUGCAAUUCCCUGUCCAGGUUCCAAAUUCUGCAAUUCCUUGUCCAGGUUUCCCAGCCCUGCCAUUCCCUGUCCAGCUUUCCCAGCCCUGCUAUUCCCUGUCCAGGUUCCAAACUCUGCAAUUCCCUGUCCAGGUGACCCAGCCCUGCAAUUCCCUGUCCAGGUUUCCCAGCUCUGCAAUUCCCUGUCCAGGUUUCCAAACUCUGCAAUUCCCUGUCCAGGUUUCUUUACCCUGCAACUCUGCCAUUCCCUGUCCAGGUUUCCCAGCCCUGCAAUUCCCUGUCCAGGUUCCAAAUUCUACAAUUCCCUGUCCAGGUUUCCCAGCCCUGCAAUUCCCUGUCCAGGUUUCCAAACUCUGCAAUUCCCUGUCCAGGUUUCUUUACCCUGCAAUUCCCUGUCCAGGGUUCCCAGCCAUGCAAUUCCCUGUCCAGGUGUCCCAGCUCUGUCCCUGGGCUGGUUUUGCACGGCCAUGGCGCUGGAUUUUUUUUUCAUUUCCCUCUCAAUCUUUUGAACAAAUUCUCCUUUUCAAAGUCUGCACCCUGUGGGGCUCUGAAAUCAUAACAAUUAAUGCUGGCAAAGACUCCUGA